AUGGCACGAUCCCAAACCUCAACCACCCUCUUCUCCUGCUUCCUGGAUCUGAUUUAUCCUCAGCCAGUGAAGAAUCGGGGCCCAGCUGAUAAAUACCACCCCGCACGCAUGGCACCGUUAGGCAGUCAGGACCACCCUUCAACCCCAACCUCAACCUCCGCAAUCACCCAAAAUGACCACCCCGCAAAUCAUCUACCGAAACCUUCCGGCCCCUUCGACGCCAUCUUCGACUGUUCGGAUGCAGCGCUGAAGCACGCGCGAGUGGAGCAAGGCUCGCACCGGGCCUAUAGGCUCGUGAGCUACCUGAGCAGCCCUGGUGAUGAGGCGGAAAUGCACUGCGUGUUCCGCCGGCGGUGCCCGGGCCACACCCCGACGUGGUGUACGGUCAUCGUGAAGGAGAUUAAUGUGCUUGGCAUGCGGGCUGAGAUCGCGGCAGAGGCUGCUUGUCCAUUGAUGUUGAUGUGA